GAGAGCAAGGAGCGAGCCGGAAGCGAUAGCCAAUCAGCGGGGCAACGAGCCCGGGGAGCGGCGCGGGCCUUUUCCAAACCAAGCCGACGGCGAGCAUCAGCCGCGGAGCCUCCCGCUGUGGCGUGUGAGAGGAUCCAUCCCUGGUGAGAGGGCAGAGCGGCGUGUCGAUUAGCGUGAGGGUGGUCCUCCCUCCCUCCCCCCGGGGGCUCGGUGCUCCAGCGGGGGACAGCGGCCGUUAGUUAAGCGAUGUCGGCGGCGGCGCUGGCGCUGGGGCCGUCGGUUUGGGUGGCGGGCGGCCUGGUGCCCCGGCUCGGGUGCCCGCGGCUGGAGCCACAGUGAGAGGCGGCGCCCGUGGACAGGAUGGUGACGCUGUCGCGGCGGGAGCCUUCCUAGAUGAUCGUUGCGGCCUGGACUCUAUUCCACGCCACACGGAGCCUGGUGCAAGGGUUUCUGCUUUUCGCUGAGCUGCCCGGCGCUGCGUGCAGCGCGGCCGGCCGCAUGGGGAACAGCUGCGUGUGUCGGGAGGAGAGCGACGUCGAUGAGAACGCGGCACCUCCGGCCCAGCGCGGUUACCAGCCGCCCCCUCCUCCGCCGUCGUCCUCUUCUCAUCACCAUCACCAUGCCCAUCACUACAGCGGGGAGGCCGAGCCCAGGAGCCGCUCCCGGGAACCGGUGAGGCCGCCCAGGAGGGGCCGGGGCCCCCACGAGCCUCGUAGGAAGAAGCAGAACGUGGACGGCCUGGUCCUGGAUACGCUGGCUGUCAUUCGCACACUGGUAGAUAAUGAUCAAGAGCCUCCAUAUUCAAUGAUCACUUUGCAUGAAAUGGCAGAAACAGAUGAAGGCUGGCUGGAAGUAGUGCAGUCGCUGAUUAGAGUUAUCCCUCUAGAAGAUCCAUUGGGGCCAGCUGUCAUUACAUUACUGCUUGAUGAGUGUCCACUGCCAACCAAAGAUGCAUUACAGAAACUAUCAGAAAUGUUGAAUUUAAGUGCAUCUCUAGCAAAACAGGAUGCUUGCAAUCCAGCUAAACAUCGCAACACCACAGCAGUACUGGGAUGUCUGGCUGAAAAGCUUGCAGGUCCUGCCAGCAUUGGUCUUCUCAGCCCAGGCACUUUGGAAUACUUACUGGAAAGUUUGAAUGUAGAGUCUCACCCCAUGGUCAUGCUUUUCUCUCUUAUUGCCCUGGAGAAGUUUGCACAAACAAGUGAAAAUAAAUUAACCGUCUCUCAAUCAUACAUUAGUGAUCAGCUACUAAUUUUGGAAUCAUGGGUUAAUCACAGAGAUUACCUGAAACGACAGGUUGGUUUCUGUGCACAGUGGAGUCUGGAUAAUUUAUUUUUGAAACCGAAAAGGCAGUUCACUUAUGAGAAGGUAGAUCUCAGCCACAUUAAUGCAAUGUUGAAUAGCAACGAUGUUAGUGAAUACCUCAAAAUAUCACCAGAUGGACUAGAGGCUCGCUGUGAUGCAUCCUCUUUUGAGAGUGUCCGGUGUACUUUCUGUGUGGAUAUUGGCGUAUGGUACUAUGAAGUAACUGUAAUUACUUCUGGUGUAAUGCAAAUUGGUUGGGCAACUAAAGAUAGCAAAUUUCUUAAUCACGAAGGUUAUGGGAUUGGAGAUGAUGAAUACUCUUGUGCAUAUGAUGGCUGCCGACAGCUAAUUUGGUACAAUGCCAGAAGUGAACCACACACUCAUCCUUGCUGGAAAGAAGGGGACACAAUAGGAUUUCUCUUAGAUUUAAAUAAGAAGUUGAUGAUUUUCUAUCUUAAUGGAAACCAACUACCCCCAGAAAUGCAAGUCUUUUCGUCUGCCAUAUCGGGUUUCUUUGCUGCUGCUAGUUUCAUGUCCUAUCAACAGUGCGAGUUUAAUUUUGGUGCAAAACCAUUUAAGUAUCCUCCAGAUGUCAAAUUCAGUACAUUUAAUGACUAUGCCUCUUUGACCCCCAACGAGAAAAUAAUUCUUCCAAGACACAGACGACUCGCUUUAUUGAAACAAGUGAGCAUACGGGAAAACUGCUGCACACUGUGCUGUGAUGAGAUGGCUGACACAGAACUCCGACCUUGUGGACAUAGUGACCUUUGCAUGGAAUGUGCCUUGCAACUAGACACCUGUCCCUUGUGCCGUCAAGAAAUAAAGACCCGUGCCAGGCUGAUUUCACACAUCUCCUGAAUUUUUCUCCUAAAACCUGUCUGAUCACAGUCAUCAUCAUCAUUAAUACCAAGUGCUAUCAAAUGGAACAAUCGAGCUGGGACAUGUACCUUAAAAGUGCAAUGUGUGUGGAUACUCGUAUUACUGUAUUAGCCAAAAGAGCCUAAUUUGGCAUUACUCCAGUGGAACAGUUUCAGCAAGGUCCCUUGUGUGCAUGGGUACACUGCAUCUGUAUGGCUGAAUUAUAGCACUAAAUUGGUGAAACAGGUUGACUAUUGAGGGAAACGAUGAAAUAGUAUGCUACAAAAUAGUGCUCCUACAAAGCUGAAUUCAGGAACAUUUGUUAAGGUUACUGGAGCACUGUAGAAAAGCCUAGGCUCGCACGAAACCUGCCUGAAAUGUUUGGCGUGGACAUCCCUCAGAUUGACGAGCGCAAAGCAAAAUUGAUUUCAAAGAUGCAAGUUCCAGCUUGUUUUGAGAAUUAAGAAUUAUUUUUGUUUUGUUUCCCCUUCUGGCUGCAGGACGAUAAUGCUCUUAAUGCUGUACUUUUAUUCAGCACCUGUAGCUCUGAAUGGGUACAGGAGAUUCCGAAGGAUAUAUGCAAAAAUGUUUGAAUAAUGAAAUCUUCAUCUUUACAUUAUUAUUUGUAUGCAGAAAUGUUUACUUUUUAUAGACAGUGUUCCAUGAGGCCCCAGGCAAAUGACAAGAGUAAUGGUAUCAACUUUUGCUGGAAAAAUACAUAGAACACUGAACUACUCAAAGCUCUGAUUUGCCAAUUGGUACAAUCUGAGAUGUAAUGAUUCCAAAGAACAUUUUUUUAAACAAAACAUCUGUGGUAAUUAACAUACUUAAAUUUUGUUUUGAGCACAGCAUUUGUAAUCCGUACACAAAACCAAGCCUUGUAGAUAGCAAAAUUAUAAAUUAUUUAUUUAAUACAGUACAUGUUUUACAGAUCCAAGAUGUUUUCAUCCACCUUUGUCCUUAAUGAUUGCAUUUACUACAUUUUGUAAUGCAAUAGAUUUUGGCUUUCUCCUCCUAAUUUUCUACUGGACCAGGAAUGCACGUGCUGAUUAAUUAUGAAACUGGUAUUUUGAAUACAGUGCAGUUGAAAAUUCUCGCAACUAAUAAAUCAGUAUGUGCCACAAGAUUCAUAUUAAGCAGUUUGGGAAGUAAUUGUUAAAUUAUUGGGCGUGAAGAAACAGCAGCAAUGCUGUUUUGGGUUGAUUGGUAUGUCAUGUUUUAUUGUUGGAGAAUUUGGAUUUAAAUGGUGACCCAAUCAUAUUGUACUGCAUUAAAAGUACUGUGGAAAAGUUCACUACAUUCCUGUUUACUGCUGUACAAAAAUGGAAAACAAAUAAUGGUAUUCUUAGCCCAAUGUCAAGUACCAGAACAACUGGUGUUUCAGUUAUUUGCAUAAUAAAGUUUGAAUAUUUAAAGACUUGA